GGUUACUAUUUAGCAACACUACAGUGUCGGUACUCAGCGAACGCGUACGUAACAUUGCUCUUGAAAUUUGUUAUUUAAAUUGUAAAGAAAUCAAAGUGAAACUCUAAGGCCAUGGAACAAGAACAAUCAUUGUUCCCGGUUGGUUUCAUUAAUCUUUUUCCCGGACACACUUGGAGAACGCUGGGCCUACUAACUCUUCUCGGAAUUAUUCUCCCGAUUGUGUUAAUCUAUCACAAGUACACACAAAAGGCUGGAAAAGUACUCAAAGUACCCGGAUCAUCUGCAAAUUCACUGAUCGUGGCUUUUACGCUUGUGUUUUCCUUCUUUCGAAACAAGUCAGUUGACAAAAAUGUUCUUUUUCUUCAAACGUUGUGUGGAGGUUGCUAUGUAUUUGACAAAUCAAGGAUAUGGAGGUUUUUCAUGGGACUUCGGCCAGUGGCUUUGUUCUACAAGCCAGAAACUGUAGAGGCCAUUCUGAGCAGUAAUGUCAACGUGGAGAAGUCUUUCGACUACUCUUUUAUCCAUCCAUGGUUAAAGGAAGGACUGGUUACCAGUGGUGGGGCUAAAUGGAAGAGCCGAAGGAAGCUUCUUACGCCAGCUUUCCACUUUCGAAUCCUUGAAGACUUCAUUCCAGUUUUUGACGAGCAGUCCAAAAUAAUGGUGAGCAAGAUGAGGGAAAAAAUUGAUGAUGAAUAUAUGGAUAUUGUUCCUAUAUCAACCCUCUGUACCUUGGACAUCAUAUGUGAGACGGCCAUGGGAAUUCAUCUUGGAUCACAGGAAAAUAAGGAAUCAGAUUACGUAAAAUCAAUGCACAACGUUGCAGAGACGUUUAUUGCCCGAGUAGCGAAGCCAUGGUUUUGGCCAGAUUUUAUAUUUUAUAGAACACAGCUAGGUAAGAAGUUUCUGAAGAGUACUGAAACAAUGGACAAGUUUACACGUCAAGUUAUACGAGCACGGAAAUCAGAGAAGCUCAAACAGAAGGUGAUAGAAAAUGACGAAGAUAAUCAGCAGGAUGAAAUAGCGUCUGGCUACAGGAGGAAGAGACAGGCUUUCUUGGACUUGUUAUUGGAACAUCAUCUUAAAGACAACACCUUAACCGAGGAUGACAUGCAGGAAGAAGUAGACUCUUUUAUGUUUGCGGGCCAUGAUACAACGGCAGUAGGAAUCAGUUGGGCCAUAUAUGCUUUAGGUCUGUACCCUGACGUUCAGAGUAGGGUACAAGAAGAAGUUGAUUCCAUAUUUGGAGACGACAAGGACCGACCAAUCACAGCAGACGAUCUUAAACAAAUGAAGUACAUGGAGCUGGUUUUGAAGGAAACUCAACGUGUUUUUCCAUCAGCUCCAUUCAUAGCACGGGAUCUUGUUGAAGACUUAAAUGUCAAUGGAUACACAUUGCCCAAAGGGACUACCUGUAUUAUCCUAACUUAUAUGUUACAUCGAAAUGAAGAAGUUUUUCCUAACGCAGAAAAAUUUGAUCCAGAUCGUUUCUUGCCUGAGAACUGUAUAGGUCGUCAUGCUUUUGCCUAUACCCCUUUUUCUGGUGGCCCGAGAAACUGUAUAGGUCAGAAGUUUGCCUUUAUGGAAGAAAAGGUCAUGCUUGCGAAUGUGAUACGGAAUUUUCAUAUAAAGUCAUUGGAUCAGCGAGAUAAACUCCAUAUAAAGAUGGAGAUGGUACUGAGAUCCAAGAAUGGAUUACGAAUCCGCUUAGAAGAGAGAAACAAGAUAGUCACCAGGUGGUUACCUCUCUGUAUUGCUGUGUUGCUGCCUGUCAUUAUUGUCUUCAUUAAUCGUUAUAAAAGAUACUUGCAGAUGUGGAAGAUCCCUGGGCCCCAAUGUUGUCAUCCAAUCCUAGGGAACGCAAAUAUUGUACCAAGUUUCUACAGGUUUCAAGGAGUAGCUCCGCACGUAUUGCUAUUCCAGACCCUCUGCGCCUUCGCUCAUCUAUUUGAUAAAGAAAGGUUUUUCCGCUUUUGGAUUGGAAUGCGAUUUGUUGUAGCUUUUUACAAACCGGAAACCGUUGAGGUGAUUCUCAGUAGUCCGACGAUCAUAGACAAAGCUGAUGAGUAUUCUAUGCUACAUCCAUGGCUAGGGUCUGGGUUGCUGACAAGUUCCGGAAAUAAGUGGAAAGCAAGACGGAAGAUGUUGACUCCUGCUUUUCAUUUCCGAAUCCUAGAAGAUUUCCUGCAUGUUUUUAAUGAAAAGAGUGAUAUUUUGGUGGAAAAGUUAAAAGAGGCUCAAACAUACAAAUGGGUGUACAUGGAACAUUUCAUUACACUCUGCACCUUAGACUCAAUUUGCGAAAGUGCUAUGGGAAUAAAGAUUCAUGCACAAAGCAGUAAAGAUUCGCCGUAUGUGAAGGCUGUAUACGAGGUUGGUGAAAUGUUCAUGGCUCGCAUGAUGAGACCGUGGCUUUGGCCUACGAUUUUCUUCUCAUUAUCUUCAUACGGACGCCGUUUUUAUAAAAGUUUAACAGAUCUUCAUAAUUUUACUAGAUGGGUUAUUAGUAACCGCAAGGCCAAGAUGUUAAACAGCCAAGCAGCCAAUGAAAAAGAAGAGAACACUGGUGAAAAUGGCGUGGGAAAAUCGAAAAGGCGACAGGCAUUUUUAGAUCUUUUAAUUAAUCACCACUUAAAUGAUCCGAGCCUUUCUUUAGAAGAUAUUCGUGAAGAGGUAGACACAUUCAUGUUUGAGGGACACGACACAACUGCUAUGGGAAUAAGUUGGACACUAUAUCUCAUUGGUUUGGAUCGUACUAUUCAACAGAAGAUACAAUAUGAGAUAGACUCAAUCUUUGGUGACGAUAAGAAAAGACCAGUCACCAUCGAGGACAUUAAGAAAAUGAAGUACUUGGAUUGUGCAUUGAAAGAAGGCCUGCGUCUCUUCCCAUCAGUUCCUUUCAUUGGGAGAAUGCUUAAAGAAGACAUUGUUGUCAAUGGACACACUAUACCACAAGGAACCACGUGCUUUAUAUUUACGUUCAUGCUGCACAGAAACCCGGAAGUUUUUCCAAACCCGGAAGUUUUCGACCCGGAUCGUUUUCUACCAGAAAAUGUAGCAGGGCGUCAUCCUUACGCCUACAUUCCCUUUUCCGCUGGGCCUAGAAAUUGCAUUGGUCAGAAGUUCGCAAUGAUGGAGCAGAAAGUUUUAAUUGCGAAUAUUCUUCGAAACUUCAAUCUGACGUCACUAGAUCCUAGAGACAAGAUACAUCUUAUUGCUGAAAUGGUGGUCCGACCGAAACAAGGGUUACGGAUGCAAAUAACGCCUCGAUGUUGAAUUUUGCUCCAUGACAACAAAAAUCUCGUAACAUUUCUUUUCCUUGGUGCAAUGUAUUCAGCUUUCAUCUGUUAGACGCACGUGUUUUGGUACAGGCUUGAAGAAAUCACCUAUAGAAACGUGAGUCUAAAAGGCAGAAGCACGAUGGAUCAUAGAUUACAAACUUCACAAAUUUCUUAUAUAAACUCAAAUGCGUUUUUGGAGUAAUACUGUUGCUAUGAUAUGCACAUAUGUA